GAUGCAUACAUAGCAUUCAUUCAUGUGGGGAUGUACAUAAAGAUACCUAUGUCCGCUAUGCUGCCGUGACGCAGACGUGAUAUGGAUGUACCAUAACCGUGUCUCUUAUGCGUCGUUGACAUGACCCGCAGCGGAGCGAGUCGUGCUUGUUAGUUACCACGGGGCUUCACCUACGUGUGUCAGGCGUGCCAUCUCGUACAGAGAUGAUAAGGCAUCGUUGCAGUGGAAACGAGGAUUCCUUGGCUGGCCGCCAUCGUACGUGAGCAUUAAUUCUUGGGAACCCUCCUCUUGUCGCCUCUCUCUCUCUCUCUCUCUUCUCUUUCAGCUCAUCUUCUAUAAUAGAUCCCCCACUACACUUGAUUUAUUCCUCCACCAUCAGAGUCUUAUCUCCCUCCAUGCUUCCAUUGACCAGCGGCUGAAGAAGACGUUCCGCCGAGGAGGAAGAGAAGCAGAGGAGUGGAAAUCAGGCGGCUGUGUGAUGAAGAUACUGUGUGAUGUUUGCGGCAAAAAGGAGGCUCUGGUGUUCUGCUGCGCCGACGAGGCCGCCCUCUGUGACGCCUGCGACCGCCGGGUGCACUGCGCCAACAAGCUUUCCGGCAAGCACCGCCGCUUCUCCCUCGACUACCCUUCCGUCCACUCCAACCCCCUCUGCGACGUCUGUCAGGAGAAGAGAGCGAUUUUGUUUUGCCAAGAGGACCGAGCGAUCCUCUGUAGAGAGUGCGACUCCGCCAUACAUAGCACCAACCACCUCACCAUGAAGCACAGCAGGUUCCUUCUCACUGGCGUCCGCUUCUCCGCCGCGCCUCUCUCGGCUCCCGACACAGAGGCGGCCGCGGCAGCCAACAGCAGGGACGGUGCGAUCUGGAAGAGCAAGAAAGGCAAGGCCAUGGUGGCGGACCCCACCGCCGCCGUGGUCCCCGGCGACCCUAUCAAAACUGCUGCUUUUCCCUCAGCUAGCGCGUCUUUUAGCGCCACCAGCAGCGGCAAUGCCAGUAGCAUCUCGGAGUACCUCACCAAGACGUGCCCAGGCUGGCACGUCGAGGACCUUCUGGUCGAAGACACGGCCGCCGCCCCCGCCAUGGAUGGUUUCUUCGAGGUGAACAUGUCGCUUCCAUGUUUGGAUCUGCAUGGCGGAGGGCUGGAAGACAUCUGCGCGGCCCACGCGCCGCAGUUCCUUCCGCACUGUCCUCCGGCCGCUCAUUACCAGCACUGGCUGGUGGACAAGGAGGUAGCAAGCAGCUUCCCACACAGAGAUAAGUCCGGGAAGGAGCGGUGGAGCGACGACGCGUUCAUGGUGCCUCAGAUCUCCUCUGUUCCAACUCCCAACAAGAAACCAAGGAACUCUGUUUGGUACUACUGAUUCCUGUUCAUAGGCACCCUCUCCUUUCUUCCUCUCCUCUUUUGCCUUCAACAUUUGGUUUUAUUCCAAGAGAUUGUUUGGUGUGCUGCUAAUGGUAAUGUUGUACUGUCAAUAUGAUGCUUGUCAUUUUUUGUUGCUUAAUCUCUCUCUGAGCACAAAAAAAGACAAGAGUUAUUUAGCUUUAA